AUGGACCCAUUACUCUACGCCCGCCACGGCGCCGAAUCCCACUCGGGCCACACCACCACCAACACCGCCGCCGCAUCGACAAGCCCAGAUGGCUCGAUGGGCAUGGACACGCACAUGUCCAUGAUGGCCAUCUUCCAAAACUCCAUGUCCACCUCCCUGUUCUCGACGAAAUGGACACCGACCAACGCCGGCGCCUACGCAGGCACAUGCAUCUUUCUCAUUAUCCUUGCCGUCAUCUUCAGGGGGCUGCUAGCGUUCAAGUCAUGGCAGGAGCUGAGGUGGUUGGAUAAGGAGAUGAACAGGCGGUAUGUCGUGGUCAAUGGAAAAGCGCCACUGGCAGAGAAUCUCAGCAGGGAUUCGCUAGGCAAGGCGGCGGUGCUGAGCGAGAACGGGGUGGAGGAGAACGUGGUUGUUGUGCAGAGGAGGACAGGGAGCCAUGCGAGGCCGUGGAGGUUGAGUGUUGAUCCGGUGAGGGCAGCGAUUGAUACCGUCGUGGCGGGCGUGGGUUAUUUACUGAUGUUGGCUGUGAUGUCGAUGAACGUGGGGUAUUUCUUGUCCGUGUUGGGAGGCACAUUCUUGGGUAGUCUACUCGUGGGCAGAUUUAUUUCUUCUACGGAACACUAA